AUGGUUCCUAAUGUACAGCUUAUGCCAGAUGAUGGAGAUCCCUUCUACAACCCUGAGAGGUAUCUGAGGGUGGUUGGGAAGCUGAAUUAUCUCACCAUGACGCGACCAGAUAUUGCAUAUGCAGUAAGUGUUGUUAGUCAGUUCACAUCUGCGCCUACAAUAAAGCAUUGGGCAGCUUUAGAGCAUAUUUUGUGUUAUCUAAAGAAGGCUCCUGGUCUAGGCAUACUAUACAAUAGUCAGGGACACACUCGCAUUGAGUGUUUUUCUGAUGCGGAUUGGGUAGGUUCUAAGUUUGAUAGAAGAUCCACUACAGUUUAUUGUGUGUUCUUUGGUGGGAAUCUAGUGGCUUGGAAAAGUAAGAAGCAGAGUGUUGUAUCCCGUUCGAGUGCAGAAUCAGAGUAUAGGGCCAUGGCACAGGCUACUUAA